ACUCCUUGUAGGGGCCAGAAAUCUCUUUCAAGCAUCAAACAGGGUUCCUGGGUGAGCAGUGGGUCUCUGUCCCCCUCUCCAGGGGCUCUUGGAUGGGACCUUGCUCUGGAAGGAGCCAUGGACCUCUGGCUUUGGGCACUUUACUUCCUGCCAGUAGCUGGAGCCCUGAGGGUCCUUCCAGAAGUAAAUGUGGAGGGAAUGCUGGGAGGAUCCGUUGUCAUCGAGUGCCCGCUUCCUGAAAUUAAUGUGAGGAUAUAUCUGUGCCGGAUAACUGUUGCGUCUGGAGGAUGCGCCACCGUGGUGUCCAGCAGGAACUUCGUCAAGAAGGAAUUCAAGAAUCGAGUCACCCUGGAGCUGUGUCCAGACAGGAAUCUGUUCCUGGUGGAGAUGACAGAGCUGGUCGAGAGUGACAGCGGGGUCUAUGCCUGUGGGGCGGGCAUGGACACAGACCGGGGCAAGACCCAGCAGGUCAACCUGUCUGUUCACAGUGAUUACGGGCCUUUCUGGGAAGAAGAGCCAAUGCCGGAGCCUCCAGCAUGGUUUAACAGAUUCCUCCAAAUGCGUAUGCCUCUUUGGUUCCAGAUGCCUGAACAUGCCAGUUCUUUGGAAUUCAUAUCCAAAGUAACCACACCAGCUCAAAGGACCGAGGCCCCUCCAGCACACCAAGCCUCCCCCACCACCUCAAUCACCCACCGCCCUCGAGUUAACAGGGCAUCUUCAGUAGCAACUGCCCAGCCCACCACCCUCCUGCCAUCUGCCACAGCCUCAAAAACCUCAGCACGGGAGGAACUGCUCAGGCUCCAGACUGCCAGCUACAACCGCCAAACCAGGCUUCACAGGCAGAGAGCACUCAACCACGGCCCAGGCCUGGUGUCUGGGAUGGAAGAUCAAGGCUUCUACAUCCUGACCCCCACCAUCCUGGGUCUCAUCCUGCUGGCACUUCUGGGGCUGGUGGCGAAGAGGGUCAUUCAAAGGAGGAAAGCUCUCUCCAGACGGGUCCGCCGACUGGCCGUGAGGAUGAGCGCCCUGGAGGCCUCACAGCGGCCCCUGUCACAGCGGCCACGCGUGUCGCAGCGGCCACGCGUGUCGCAGCGGCCACGCACCCAGAACAACGUCUACAGCGCCUGCCCUCGGCGCCCUCGGGGGGUGGACGCAGCUGGUGAAGGGGCGGCACCUCUCCCAGGCCCCGGAGCAUCGGCGCCCCCAGCCCCGCCGCAGGUGUUGGAAACUCCCUGUCUCCAUGCCCCAUCUGUAAAGAUCAGCUGUGAAUAUGUGAGCUUCUACCACCAGCCUGCUGCCAAGAUGGAGGACACGGAUUCCGAUGACUACGUCAAUAUUCCCUGCCUGACUCAGCUCUCCAGCUGUCCCCCUGGGCCCAGACCUUGGUGCCAAUGAGUCUUGUCUGUAUGCUGGUUUCCAACACCCGCUCCAUCUGUUUUCAGAACCCUCAUUACUCCCACGUCCCACCUCGAGUCUCAUCCCUGUCUAUUUGCCCUGAGCACUGCUCAGUCCCCACUCCCCCAGCUCUUCCUGGACACUUUUGCAGCCCCCUGUGGUUUUCAGGUGGGCUCCAGGAAUGCAGAGUAUUUGUCCUGAUGCCACUUGCUUCCUUUCCAAGUCAUGCAACAGGCUAUGGGAUUUGCAGAGUGUCUUUGAUCACACGGUCUUUGCUGUCCUGGCUCUAGACCACAUGGCCUUGGACUGGAGCCUAGGCAUAGCUGUUGCUUUGAAAGCCCUUCUCGGUCUUGGGUUUCUCACCAGUAGAAGGUGCCUGAACUUCUUUGUGAGGACAUGCUUCAGCCCUGAGCUAGGAAGGGACCUUGUUAUGAAACACCCCUUACAACCUCUUUGCCCUGAUCUUAGGGCCGGCAUUUACUAGUGAUCUUCUAUUUGUCUGGAGUCCUAUGGUGAGGGCAAUUUAUUUUGAUGUGAUGAAGGGUUGUAAAUUUUCAGAACCAUGCUUGUUAGUGCUAGUAAUAUAUGUGGAUACCCUCUUUACUCUCAGGCUUCCUCCCUUGAUGCACCUAAGUACCCUGACUCCAGCAUUCCCCCUCUUUCAGAAAUAGAAUAGUUUUUGUCAUCUAUUUAUCCUUCUUCCAUGCACUGAAAUGUGUGCACUUAUCUUAGCCUUGGUUGAUUUGAGCUAUCCAAAGCCAUUACAUCUCUCUGCUUUUCAGAAAUGCACCUCCUCUCUUUGCCAGUCCAGGUGGCUUAUAGCCAGGUGGGGGAGAGAAAAGAUAUGGGAUUCCUGGAAGGCCAGUUGUUCUGCAAGGGUACUCACGUCAUGGAAGAAGAGACAUCCCACCUCCUACAUAUAUUCAUCCUCUUGAGUGUUCUGAACAAGGGCGCAGUUAGGCAGACAUAUAUCUUUGGAUUGCAAUCAACUACAAAGUCCAGUCAGAGCUUGAGACUGGAGAAUGUCCCAUCUUGCUUUCAGGAAGAAGGCCUUUCCCAGACACACAACUCAGCUUCUCUGGGCACUGGUCCACUGAUAGAAAGGAAAGGUUCCCGAGGUGCCUGCUUUUUAUGAGCAGGGAAUGUCAUCACAGAUGGGAUAACACAUAACCCUAACCCUAACCUAACCCUAAAUUAUAUUCGCACCACCAUCAUACCUGUCAUCCAGGUAUGAUGACACCAUCCACGAGGUCGCUUGACACUGGCACCCUCCCAAGUGUCAGAUAAGGGAAGAGUGAGAGGGAUAAGAAAGAGGGCACCCAAGGGGCAGGGAUGGUGGGAGUGAGGAGGGGAGUGUGGGCAAGAAAUGCAGUGUUUAGGGAGAGUCUGCUUUGUUCUGGGCACCCCCCUGCAUUAUAUCUUUUAUCAUUUAUAUUUCAAACCAGUGCCCUCACCCUCAUCCCAGUGCUCUGUAGAUGACCCCUGCAGGUGUCAUGACAAUGUGAUUUCCAUGCCCUAAAGUUCAACUUCACAUCCCAACAUCCCUCAUUGUUCCUCAACAAUUCAAAGACAGGUUAAAAAAAAAUCCAAUUAAGCAUUUACUGAGCACCCAUCCUCUACCCCACGUGGUGGCAAGGAUCGUGGAGGAUCAGAGAGAAGCAUGGGGCACUGUCCUUGCUGCCUUCACAGAACUUUCAUUCUGACAAAUAAAUAUGGCAUCGGUUAAAACACUGAUAGGAAUUAAAUAGCGUUAUAAUAAAUAUAGGAAUCUGCUUUGUAGGUUAUUCACAGCACCCAAGGGAAUCUUCCACGACUGUUGUUGGGGUCACUUAAAGAAUGAAGUCUUUGAGGAUAAGCCUGGGCCAAGGAUGGGGCCCAUGGUCAAGGAUGUGAAGCACCCAGAGAACAUCAGGGGGAGGGACGCUUGUUUGAAAUGACACAGAGAACGAGGAGGACAUCCUGGCCUAGGCCUUCAGAGCUGGUAGAAGUUCUCCAUCCAGGUCAAGAGAAUGUCCACUUCUCCAAAGGCUUUGGUCACAGCUGCUUCUCUGUCCAACUAAAGGGAAAGGAGAGUUGAAGAUCUGUCAUGUUAGCCACAAGAAUAGGUUUCCUUCCGACACCUGAACCCGGUCUGACUCCAAAUCAUGGGCUGCGUCCCCUUUGGGAUGGCCUCUGACAAAGUCACCUACCCAUCAAUUAUUCCCCGUCUAUGAGUGUUGUCUGCCUCGGAGGUGAGGACAGAUGGCUUGGUGAGUGGCAACGGAUAAGG